CGGAGCGUAGGCGAACCAAGAUGGCGGCUGUGGUGGAGAAUGUUGUCAAACUGCUGGGAGAACAGUACUACCGGGAUGCCAUGGAGCAGUGCCACAAUUACAAUGCUCGGCUGUGUGCUGAGAGGAGUGUCCGCAUGCCCUUCUUGGACUCUCAGACAGGUGUGGCCCAGAGCAACUGCUACAUCUGGAUGGAGAAGAGACACAGGGGACCAGGUAUGGCACCUGGGCAGCUCUACACGUACCCCGCUCGCAGAUGGAGGAAGAAGCGACGAGCACACCCUCCAGAGGACCCCCGCCUUGCCUUUCCGCCCCUCAAAUCGGAGCUGGACCUGGGGCUGAAAAAGGACGCCCUCUCCUCCACGGACGGCAGCAGCCUGGAGGCGCUGCUGAAGGCCGAGCCGCUGGACAAGCGCGCCAUCCCGGAGCUGCGGGGGCCGGAGGACGACCCCGGCGCGGCCGAUUUCACCGGAGGGGGUCUGAACCCCGCCGCGCGCGUCAGGAAGAGAAUCCUUGAGCCUGAUGACUUCCUGGAUGACCUGGACGAUGAAGACUACGAGGAAGACACCCCUAAAAGACGGGGGAAAGGAAAGGGAAAGGGCCGCGGUGUGAGCAGCAGCAGGAAGAAGCUGGAUGCUGCCGCGGCGGCGUUGGAAGACAGGGACAAGCCUUACGCCUGUGACAACACUUUCAAACAAAAGCAUAUUACAAAACCUUCUGAACGAGUCUGUGGGAAGCGCUAUAAGAACCGCCCAGGGCUGAGCUACCACUACGCCCACUCCCACCUCGCGGAGGAGGAGGGUGAGGACAAAGAGGAGGCCGAGAUGCACACCCCCACCCCUCCCCAGCCCGAGGAGCCCAAGACACCCAAAAAAGGACCAGACGGCCUGGCACUGCCCAACAAUUACUGCGACUUCUGCUUGGGAGACUCGAAAAUCAACCACAAGACGGGCCAGUCGGAGGAACUGGUGUCCUGCUCGGACUGUGGCCGCUCAGGUCAUCCUUCCUGCCUGCAGUUCACCCCGGUCAUGAUGGCCGCAGUGAAGACCUACCGCUGGCAGUGCAUUGAGUGCAAAUGUUGUAACAUCUGCGGGACUUCAGAGAAUGACGACCAGUUACUGUUCUGUGAUGAUUGCGAUCGAGGAUACCACAUGUACUGUCUCAGCCCUCCCAUGGCUGAGCCUCCGGAAGGAAGCUGGAGUUGUCACUUGUGUUUGGACCUGUUGAAAGACAAGGCCUCUAUAUACCAGAACCAGAACGCACCCCCGUCGUGAUGGGUUCCUCUCACCCGUCCUUCAGCACCCCCCCCCCCCUCCUCCUGUGGGAGCCCCGCUUGCAUCUUUACAGAAGAGGAGGCGGGGCGCAGGAUCCACGGGGGACCUCUGAAAAGGGAAGCUACCUUACCCCCCCAUCCUGGAGUGGGACAGAGGAAGAUGGAGCAGCCCAAACCUGGCCCCGCUCUCUCACCCCCCCUUCCCGGUUUGUUCCAACUAUGACUGUUACACAGUUUCAAACAAAAACUACCCAAGGCCCUUUGUUUUCAACUAUUAGCAUAUCUAUGUAAUUCAAAUAGUGCUUUAUGUGCUGUUUUAUGUGCUGUUCUCCCCCCCCCCCAGUAAAAAACCCCUCUUAUCGAGUCAAGGUUUCUGUAACAAGGAUCUUCUCCUUACUCUGGUUGUACGCACACUAUUUACUCUGUACAGCAGAAUUCUGUGGCCACACCAAGUCAUCUGAUUUUAUCUAAUCCGAGCAAUGGUAAGUUUCACAAAGAAUAUAUGCAACAGUCAUGAGCCAAACUAUGCGAGUCUACAUGAGAACCGUGCUUUUCAUUCGUGUCUAGAUGACAUCUGCAGUUGCUCAAGAUGGCAGUUGUGUCCAUAGAAGACAGUGGUAGUUGAAAUCAAUCAGCAUGCCAAUGCUUGUCCCUGUUGGGAAAUGGUAAAUGUUUUGUAUAUUUAUAUAUUUGUACAGCAUAUAAAGGUGUUGAAAGUAUUUAAAAUCUGAGAAAGACAAAAUUAUUAGGUUGUAAUGGUUAUCACCUGGGUUUCAAGUAGCGGGUAGCAAAGAAAAGUCUUUUCCUAAGGACUCAGGAGCGACCAAAGGGAAGCAUGGCUACAGAAGUUGUCAGUGCAGCCCAUACUAGCUGCCUCAUCUGAACCGUGCAGCGAUUACCUGUCCAAUUCCUCAUUUCUGAUAUUUGGGUGAAUCCCCAUAAGGAUGGAAUUGUCUUUACCAUGUAAAUCU